AUGGCCACUCCACCCUCUCCCUCGGUCUUUACAUCCUUUUUGCGAUGGCUGCGAUUGAAAAACUACCAGUACGAAGUGACAUUCGCCUUGUACAUGCUUACACCCACCGAGAAAUUCAUCUUUAAUUUCAUCGUCCUGACCAUCGUCUCCCUCUUCGUCACUGCUGCCUACGUCUACCUCCCCGACCACGUCGCACAGAUCUACGGACACGUUCACUACUACUUCACCGCCGACGUCUCCAUGAUCAAAGAAUAUAUUCCUUCGGCAAGUUCCAUCCUACAGGGAAACGGCGGCCCGGCGACCGGCGCUCUCAAUGUCGUGUACGACGCUGCAUCAACUGCCGGACUCGACGAGCUGUGA